UUUUCUUGCUCCUAAAUACCCCACCAGAUUUUUGCAAAUUGUAUGAUAAUCUCUCUUGCAUAAACCCUCUCCUCUUAACUUGCGGCAUCAAUAUUGGUCAAUGCAUUAAAACCUACCAAGUCCAACACAUCUUUCACUCUCACUAGUCACUACUACUAGCCAAAAGAAGAUACAAUAUUACUAGAAAAAUCUAACCUGGUUAGCCUCUCUCUUUCUUUCACAUGUAGCUUAAUGUAAAAUGAUCACACCAGAAGUGCCCCAAAACAAGUCUCAAUACUCUCCAAUGGCAAAAUCAAGUGUUAGAAACAAACCCUUGUCCUGUUUCAGUGACGGGUUUCUCUAUCUUGGUGGUGCUCUAUUAGCUUUUUUACUAGUCUGGUCAUUGUGGUCUUACACAGUUCCGCACAUUUUCGAACCCAGGGGUAGUACAAAAUCCGCCACCAACGACGCCCGAACCCAGCAAUGCGUUCAAGAAAAUCCUGCUGUCAAUCUAGGCUACGACCCACCAGACCAAACCUUCUAUGACGAUCAAGAACUGAGUUAUUCGAUCGAGAGACCGAUGAAGAACUGGGACGAGAAGCGAAAAGAGUGGCUCAAACGUCACCCUUCAUUUGCCCCUGGCGCUCGUGAUCGUGUGGUUCUUGUGACUGGAUCACAAUCGAAGCCAUGCAAGAACCCAAUAGGUGAUCAUUUACUUUUAAGAUUCUUCAAGAACAAAGUUGAUUACUGUAGAAUCCACGGCUACGACAUCUUUUACAACAAUGUUCUGUUACAUCCAAAAAUGUCUAGUUAUUGGGCCAAACUACCCGUCGUUAAAGCAGCCAUGCUAGCUCACCCAGAAGCUGAGUGGAUCUGGUGGGUUGACUCGGAUGCCAUGUUCACCGACAUGGAAUACAAGCUCCCGUUACGGCGUUAUGAUUACAGGAACCAUAACUUGGUGGUCCACGGCUGGGAAAAGUUGAUCUACAAGGAGAAGAGUUGGACGGCUUUAAACGCUGGCGUUUUUCUGAUAAGAAAUUGUCAGUGGUCUAUGGAUUUCAUGGAGAAAUGGAGUAGCAUGGGUCCAAUGAGUUCUGAAUAUAAGAAGUGGGGUCCAAUCCAACGGUCAGUAUUCAAGGACAAGCUGUUCCCUGAAUCAGACGAUCAGUCGGGCUUGAUCUAUAUGCUUUAUCAGGAUAAGGGUUUGAUGGACAAGAUUUACUUAGAAGGGGAGUAUUACUUUGAAGGGUAUUGGGCAGAUAUAGUGCCAACGUACGAUAACAUAACGGAGAAGUACACGGAGUUGGAAAAGGAAGAUGGGAAAUUGAGGAGACGACAUGCAGAGAAAGUGAGUGAGCAAUACGGCGUGUUUAGAGAGCCACACUUGAAGGAGGCAGGGAAUGGUAAAGGGAGCUGGAGGAGACCCUUCAUCACACAUUUUACUGGCUGUCAGCCUUGUAGUGGGGAUCACAAUCAGAUUUAUCACGGGGAGACUUGUUGGAAUGGGAUGGUCAAGGCUUUGAAUUUCGCUGAUAAUCAAGUCUUGAGGAAGUAUGGUUUUGUGCACCCUGAUUUACUGGAUUCUGGCACGGUCACCGAGACCCCCUUUGAUUAUCCCGAUGAUGGGCCUUGGUGAAUGAUUCACCGACCAAAACAUAGGAAAAAAAGGACAAGGAUCUUCGUUUUAAAGUGACCAAAAACACCUUCCAGCAUCCCUUCAACCAUGCCCAAGUGGCUGUUGUGAUCAAAAGAGUAGUUAUUUUUUUGGAUUUUCUUUUCUCUCUUAAAACUUCCAAGUUUCUGUUAUGGUGAAACGGUAAUUGCCUUGUGGUAGGUUGCUAGCUUGCUAUAAUGCCUAUGUUUUCAAUAUCAACAUCUUAUAUCGUUGGGUUUGAAUAAAAUAAUAUAUUCAAUGCGUCAGAUGGGAAUUGACAUGGCCUCGAUUCUCAAAACGUAGGCAAUCUAGACUCAUCCCUACCUUAUGAUCCCAGUUCCAAAAUCCUUUCCGGCAGAUCUAUCGAGCCUGGAAAAAUUUCAUUACAUAGCUAAUAUGCUAGUUGUGGAUAUUAGUUGUUCCUGAGCAGCUGAGCAGAAUGAUAAAUCAUUAAAUUAUUUAAAGACAUAGUGGCCUAUCAAUUCAUUCUAGAUUCAUUUUAGAUUUACCCUUGUGAUCGAGCUGUAUUAUUUCAUCUAUUAUCUCGGAUUUUUUGUUUUUUUCUGAGUUAUUCCGAUUUCAUCAUUCCAAUCCCGACGUGUUACAUGUAUUUUCUGAUUUCAUGGAUUCAUCUAUGCAUGCGGACAGUUUUCUACCUGACUUUGAUGUGGGGGCAAUGCCUCGUAUCUGUAAUCUAUGACAAGGUUUUUAACCCCGUUGUUUACGAGAUUCAUGUGGAUUAUUGUCAUAAACACUGCAUAAAUCGAAUUAUAUACACAUGAUUUCUAGCACUCAGUGCUCAUCCAUAUGUCUUGUUGAAUGACAGAAAACCUGAACUAGGGUGGUUCAAGCCUUCCAUUCCCGUGCACUCACAUUCGACAUGGCUGUAUAUUUUCUGUUGGCAAUUAGGGACGACUGAAUCAAUAUGCAGCAGUUGUCCUCAAGUAGUCUUGCUUAAGGCAGUGGAUUAUGUUUCAUCAGCAUGUCUGCACACACGAGACACUCUUGCAAGAUUCAUGUCUUUCUCUUUCUUUGUAGGUCUAUCCUCCCUUUGAUAAAUGAUUGUCUCCAUGCUUGUAAGGUAUAUAUAGCAGUGAUUGCCAUCGUUGAAUCUAUGUUCUUCAUCCAGAAUAGGAUGACUGUCCUGCUUUAUUGAAGCAAGUUUUGCUUGCCUUGCCUGUGCCUCUGUCUUCUCCUCAUGCCUUGAUUAUGUGGAGAACUUGUGUAAUAAUUGGCCAUUGUAUCCUGUCACGCUACUUCACCCAAAAAUUGGGAUCCAUGAAAAGAAAAAUAAAAUGCAAGUUGUCUGUGUAUUCAA